AUGGACCUUCCAAUAGAAAGAACAGGUCUUUACGACCUGGACAGCUGUUCUGCCCAGCACAGCGGCGCUCUGGCAGCAUUGCGCCUGCUGAACAGCUACAACCAACUCCUGACUCCGCCUGUAUUAUCCGGAUCCAUUUGCGAGGCGGAUAUCCGACGUCGAGGGGAGAAGAGGCCGAUCCCGCAGGAAUUGAAGGAUGAGAAAUAUUUCGAGCGACGUCGGCGGAACAACCAGGCGGCUAAGAAGUCCAGGGACGCGAGAAGAAUACGAGAGGAUCAGAUAGCUUGGCGGGCGUGUCUCCUAGAACAAGAGAACGCCUCCCUCCGCGCGCACAUCUCCGCUCUAAGACAGGAGGCGCUGACACUCCGCGCGCUGCUGGCCUCGAGGGCGGAGCCCCCGCCAGCGCAGCCGACACCGUCCUCCACAACCGAUUGA